AACGAUGCCAGGUCCGGCCGGAUUACCAUCACAAACUGUAUUGAUGAUAUCAACGCUACGAGUGCUAGAUUUACAACUAUCCAAAAUCUCACGUCAGCCGCAGGACAGAGUGACGAACCCUUUUCACUCCCGUUGCGACGAUCGCAAUUCUAUGACGUUGAAAUUUGCAAUCGGCGUAUAUGUGGAGCUUCACCUCACAAGAUAGCAAUUCUUGCUCACUGUUUGAAAAUAUCUCACCAAAAUUGCGCCGGGCUGGGACGUGCCCACGCAAACACACUUCACGUCCUUGGGUUGUCGACGAAGUCUCAAGGUUACCUCUUUCUACCUGGAUGUGUUGUCACGCUACACUGUUCGAACUCCUCCGCCCGACAAAUACCAACGCCCACGAAUCUAUUUGCCCAAGAUGCCGAACGAAAAUCCCAGAUUGGCCAACUAUCUCGAGACAAGAAAACUUCAACUAUCCCUCGUGUUCAUGAUCGUCUUUUACACCUUCACCAAGAUGAGCUUCGUCGAGCUGCUUGCGAUUGUCAUCUUCGGCCCAAACUUCCGGAUUAUCCCCGGCGACACUCUCGAAAAGCCCCCACUCGACUCCCCUACGGCCUGGAUUCUGGGCUUUGCAAACUUGGCGAUUUUGACUUUCGGUUUCUCCAUUGCGUUCCGAGGAUGGCGAGAAGCUGUCUAUUCGCGGCCGAGUCUCAUCUGCGACAUCAUUGCUUCCAUUCCAGCAAUCCCUUUAGCAGCAUUCACGCUUCUCGCUGGUCGACCGGUGCCGCUCGGCGAACUCGUCAGUAGAGUAGCGAGGUGGUGGUGGCGGAGCGAGGAGCUAGGCGGCCAGGCCCAGAUCCCUUCUGCACCUAAAUUUCAGGUACGAAUAAGCGAUGCGCUCGCCUUGAGCGCCGACUUCUGCUACAAGACGUUUGACGUGCUCCUAAAUCCGUACGAAGACGAGGCAGUGCCUUGGGCACGAUUGGCUACGUUUCUGAAUUGCCUGGCGGGGUUCUAUCCUGUGAACGCGCGCACCCUCGAGCAUGGUAGAAAUGGCAGCUUUCCCGUAUUGGAGCCCGUCCAGGCCCUAUCCGAAGAUUUCCUCAUUCGUGGUCUCAUCUGGAGCCGAGAGUAUCAUCCUGCCGACCACUUCAAGAACCAGAGUGAAGAUGAUGGACGCAACAUUGAGUCGGAAGCGACCAACAAGCUCCGAGCAGACCGGGUGCUAUGGCUUGGGCUGUUUCUAGCGUUUCGAGCGCGAUAUCUCCAUUACGACGAAGAGACCAAACAUUUUUCUGCUAGCCAAAAAACCGCCUGGAAGGCCAACAAUGACGGGGUUGAAUCGGUCGACAUACCGAGAUCCAGUGUCUAG